CAUAGGUUGGCAGUGAAAUCCCCAUUUUAGUGCAUCAUAGCUUUAGGAUAUAGAAGUUCACCUCAAUUAAAAAGGACUUUGGUGAUUUUUGUUGUUGUUGUUGUACUGUCUUUAGCAUGUGGUAGAGAUGUAAUUUUCAUGUUCUGUAUACUCCAACAAAUGGUGCUGUUAUCAUGAUAGGGAAGCAGUUUGAUUCUAACAUCUGAUAUCCCUUUUGCAUCAUAACUAUUCCAGUGUCAAAUAAUUCAGUGAUUUUAGCCUAGCAGAAAAAGAAUGAUAACUCUGACAUCCUUCCUCUUAAUUGCCAUAGCCUUCCCUAGUACAUAAUAUUGCAGGAAGGGUGAAGAUAUGGUACACUCUACUUUCCUCUAAGUGCAAUCUUUUUGUGGCCAAAAUUGUCAAAAAAAUAUUGGCUUAUCGUAUCAUCUACAAGGAGAAAGCCACAGACUGAGCCAUCAGUAGAAGAAACUCCAACGACUGAGCAAUUUUUUAUAAAAAAUAUUCUGUUCUGUCAAUCCAAGCUUGUUAAUAUAUUAUAUAUAUCAUUCACUUAGGAAGUAUAUCUUGUAGAGCCAGUGCAGUUAUUUUUACUUCUGUGCUUGUUUUUAAUAGCAUAAUAUGGCGGUUCUUACACCUGUAAGUUCAAAAUUUGGAGCGAAGUAUCGUGCUCUAGCUCCUUUUAGAGUUCUAAGGGGUUUGGUGUGCCUACUGGUUCUGGUUUCAACAGCGUUUAUAAUAUUGGUGUUCUUUGGCUUUAUCGGUGCUGUUAUAAUGCGACUUUUUAGCAUCCGUUACAGCAGGAAAAUAACAUCUUUUUUCUUUGGUGCUUGGCUAACUUUGUGGCCAUUUUUAUUUGAAAAGAUAAACAAGACUAAAGUUGUGUUCUCUGGAGCUAUCGUUCCUUCGAGAGAACGGAUCUUACUCAUUGCAAAUCACCGAACUGAAGUCGACUGGAUGUAUUUAUGGAACCUUGCAUUGCGGAAGGGAUGCCUUGGAUACAUUAAAUAUAUACUUAAGAGUAGUUUGAUGAGACUUCCAAUUUUCGGUUGGGCAUUUCACAUAAUGGAGUUCAUCCCUGUGGAAAGGAAGUGGGAAGCUGAUGAGUCAAAUAUGCGUCAAAUGCUUUCUACAUUCAAGGAUCCUCGAGAUCCUCUCUGGCUUGCUAUUUUCCCGGAAGGCACCGAUUUUACCGAGCAAAAGUGCCUUCGAAGUCAAAAAUAUGCUGCUGAACACGGGUUACCGAUUCUGAAAAAUGUUUUACUUCCAAAAACCAAAGGCUUUUGUACCUGUUUGCAAGAGUUGAGGGGCUCUCUAAAUGCAGUUUAUGAUGUUACCAUUGGCUACAAAUACCGCUGCCCGUCUUUCUUGGACAACGUCUUUGGAGUGGAUCCUUCCGAAGUUCAUAUCCAUAUCUGCCACUUUCCCAUUGAUUCUAUCCCGACAUCUGAAGAUGAAAUUUGCAUGUGGUUGCUGGAUAGAUUCCGGUUUAAGGACCAAUUACUUUUCAAUUUUCAAAACCAAGGCCAGUUUCCCGAUCAAGCAACAAAGAGUGACCUCCCUGCUGUGAAGAGCAUUUUGAAUUGUAUGACAGUUAUUAUAUUGACAGGUAUAUGCAUGUACUGCAUUUUUUCCUGUGUCUGGUUUAGACUUUAUGUGUUUGUAGUUUGUGCUUAUUUGGUUCCGGCCACGUAUUUCAACAUUCGGCCGCAACCCAUUCUUGGAUUUUUUAAGAUGUGAUCUAUUGCGAGUGUGAGAUUCAUGUCUGAUUGUAAUUGUAAUAUUAACAUUGUAAUGCGGGUAUCGGAGAUUGUUUCCACAACACUGAGGUUGUAGAAUGUUUCAUCGAAUGUUGUGAAAAAGACGCCAAUUCUCUGAAAAAUAAACUAGAACAACCAGUUCAUUUUAUUUUUAUAAUGUAGUUGCAUCAGUUUAGAGGAGUGCUUGAGCUUCUCAAAAGUGCUUUUA